GUAAUGCAUUAGCGCUGUAUGAACAUUUGUCCUAAUUUGUUUUUCUCUAGAUCGAAUCAGAUUCAUUGUGUUAUCAUGGCUGAUGAUGAAGGAUUUGUCGUCCGUGUUCGGGGUUUGCCUUGGUCGUGCUCUGUAGAAGAAGUGUGCAGGUUUUUUUCAGGCAGCAAAAUUGCCAACAAUGGAACAGCCGUCCACUUUACCUACACACGAGAAGGCAGACCGAGUGGAGAAGCAUUUGUGGAGCUGGAGUCAGAGGAAGACCUGAAAAUUGCAAUCAAAAAAGACAGAGAAACAAUGGGGCAUAGAUAUGUGGAAGUAUUCAAAUCAAACAAUGUGGAAAUGGACUGGGUUAUGAAGCACACAGGCCCAAACUGUCCAGAGACUGAGGGAGAUGGACUGGUCAGAUUGCGCGGCCUUCCUUUUGGAUGUAGCAAGGAAGAAAUUGUGCAGUUUUUCUCAGGGUUGGAAAUCGUGCCAAAUGGGAUAACAUUGCCGGUGGACUUCCAGGGGAGGAGUACGGGGGAGGCCUUCGUGCAGUUUGCUUCACAGGAAAUAGCUGAAAAGGCUCUAAAGAAACACAAGGAAAGAAUAGGGCACAGGUAUAUUGAGAUCUUUAAGAGCAGCCGAGCUGAAGUGCGGACAAAUUAUGAACCCCCACGUAAAGGUGUGGGCAUGCAGAGACCUGGGCCCUACGACCGACCCAGUGGAGGAGGCCGGGGCUACAACGGCAUGAGUCGUGGGGGAUCCUUUGAUCGGGUGCGACGUGGAGGAUACGGUGGAGGAGUGUCAGAUGGACGUUAUGGUGAAGGUGGUAAUUUUCAGAGUACCACAGGCCAUUGUGUUCAUAUGAGGGGACUGCCUUACCGGGCAACAGAACCCGAUAUCUACAAUUUUUUCUCUCCUCUGAACCCGGUGCGUGUGCACAUUGAGGUUGGUCCAGAUGGGCGAGUAACUGGCGAGGCUGAUGUGGAAUUUGCGACUCAUGAAGAUGCAGUGGCUGCCAUGUCAAAGGACAAAGCAAACAUGCAACACCGUUAUGUUGAAUUGUUCUUAAACUCAACAGCCGGGGGCAGUAAUGGGGGCUACGGAGGGCAGAUGAUGGGGGGAAUGGGAAACCAGUCGUCUUAUGGACAUGGAGGGCAGCAGAUGGGUGGAGGCUACACUGGAGGAUACAGCAACCAAUCCAGUAUGGGAGGCUACAGUGACUACAAUAGCCAGGGUGGAAUGAACAGCAGUUAUUAUGGUGGCAGCCGUGGAUCGGUCGGCAUGAAUGGCAUGGGAGGGGGCUGGGGCAUGUAGAUGCUCCUGAAAAAAUUUGAGUGUUGGGUUGUCUCGAUUUUGCUGAGGCCUUCUGGUUUUUGUUCUUUGUGACGAUGACUAUGGGAAGAAUCAGAUUCACUCCUUGUCCACCUGUACUUUGAACCUUGGAAUCCGUAUUAUAUUUCCUGCAAUUCCUGAGUUGAAGGGUCAGCCGUUGAGCUCAAGUCAUGCCGAUUGUCCUCUACCCCACUAGUCAUGCUUGUAAAUAUCCUCCAGAUAUAUCGUUCAGAGACUGUAGAACGCCGGCCUCACAUGGCACAAGGUGCUGCAUCUCCACUUUUUUUUAUAAUGCGAAAAUAACUUUGUUGAAUGAUUUUUUUUUUUUUUUAAACUGGAAAUUUUUUUGUUUUUUUGUCUGGCUGCUUCACAAGGUGCAUAUUUUAAUUUUCAUUAUUGUAGAUGUCACAAUCCCCUCUGUUGGUUUGUCUUUAAUUUCUCAUGGUUAAUAAAUAUUCACCAAUG